AUGGAGGGCGAGAGUUUCAAAGACCAAGACCGAGAUUUAAGACUCAUAAAGGCGCUCAACAUUCAGGCAGGCCUGGAAGAACUGUGUCUUACCAGAUUCGACCGGCUCACGGCUACGGGGCAGCUGAUCUACGAGCCUUCGACUGCUGAGACUAUUGAAGACCAAGGGUUCAAGCUCAGCUUUCGAUUUGCUCCUCAUCUCCGUCGUAAACCUAUUACACCCGCGGAUGCACCAGAGCGGACCACAGGAGAAGGCCAUAAUCCAUUUCUCGAUCCACCCCCGAGUGAGGUACUCUUAUCAAUUGAACCAGAUCACCUCUUGCUCGUAAACAAAUUCAGUGUUUACAGACCCAGUCUUCUCCUGAUCACCCGCGAGUUUGUACCACAGGCAGAUGGUCUUAGCCGGAAUGAUCUAGCCGCUGCUUGGACGAUCCUGUGUCACUUCAAAGAACCAUACAUGAUGAUUUACAACUGCGGGUUCGAAUCUGGGUCGAGCCAAGGCCACAAGCACAUGCAGCUCUGGCCAUACCCCGAUGAACAAGAACUCGGUUUUGAGCUGUUCCCUAACCAGGCAAAAUCUGAUGUCUAUGUCACAGACGAUAUAUCCAACGUUCCGUACAAGCACUUUGUGCUUCGCCUGCCGAUGAAUGCUGAUCUGGUUACCCUUGGGCAUGCCUAUGAUGAGCUCCUCAGAUGCGUCCGUCAGAGCCACUACGAAGCUGGCAAAGGUACCGACUACAACGUGAUCUUGGUCAAGGAGUGGAUGUGCAUGAUUCCCCGGCGGCAUAGUGGACUUGACAGAGGCGCUGGGGCGAACUCCGCUGCGAUGCUGGGACUUGUGUGGAUCGUGACUGAAGCGGAAACGGAAGUUUGGAAUUCUGCUGGACCUGCCGAAUACUUCAAGUACCUAGGAUUGCCACGAUGA